AUGCACUCCCCCGCCAAGAUCCCGGCUCAAGCGGAGACCGGUGACUCCGACGCCAAGUCAAGAUCUCAGCCCGGCCAAGUUCGCUUCUCCUCCGUCACGCAGGAGAUCGAACCAUCUCACGCACAGGCAACUCCUGAACCGGACCAAUUUCCGACCGACUCUCGCAGAAAGACCGACGAAGAGGAACUGCGGUCGCUGGCCAUGAGCUUGCAGAGCUCCCAGCUUCAGGAGUCUCGUCUACGCAAUAAUUUCUCCUUCGAGCCAAUGUCGCUUCCUUCUUCGAGGGUUGCGUCGCGAGAGUCAAGCGAUCGGAGUGCUCGAGAAGGCCCUGGCUCCUAUUUGACUUCACCUCAUGUUUCUCCCCCCGCCUCCGUUGUACAGUCGCCUCCCCUAACUCCCGCCGUCACCCAAUCCCGUGAAUCCCGAGUCGGUGAAAGCACCGCAUCGCUGAACGCCGUGAGCAAUGCCAAGGCAUCGGCUAUCACCCCCGAAACAUCACCUCCCGUAUCUUCUAGCGACCAGAAUGGCAAAUACCAAAGUGCCCCGUCCUCACGACCUGGGUCCACCGACCGUCUCUCCAUGAAACAGAGUGGUGCCUCUGAGCCUACAGGUAUCAUUACCUCUCUGCCGAAGCACCGCGCCCAGUUUUUCAUUGGCAAUGAUGCCGCCUCUCAAGAAGAGAGCCCUCCUCCGACCCCGCGCGACUCCCAUACGCCACCCGGCACCAUCACACCGGUAGGCGAGCCUGAUGACCCAUACGCUCGCAGUAAGCGACCCCCACAGUCGAAGAAUCUUGCUCAGCUAGAUCCGCGGUUCAUCUUUGGAAGUCGUGACUCGAAGCGGACCUUUCGCCCGGGGACACCACGGUCCGCCAGUGCAAGCGAUGUCACCAAGUCGAGCGACAAGAAGAGCAUGUUUGGAAGCAGCAAAAAGGACCACGACCAAAAGAGUGGUCAUGGCCAUGGCCACCACGGCUCAAUGUCCGAGCUCAAGCGGUUCUUCAAGAUGGGCCACCGUAGCAAACGCCCCGAUUCUCCUACAUCUGGUAAACGGUCAAGUCGGUCCUCGGGCAAAAGUACCCCGUAUCAAAUGGCCCCGGAUAAUGUUCCUUUUGCCGAUGACCAUGGGCUGAAUUCCAAGUACGGCAAAAUGGGUCGGGUCCUUGGCUCUGGAGCGGGUGGCUCAGUGAGACUUUUGAAGCGGAACAGCGAUGGUGUCACUUUCGCCGUCAAACAAUUCCGGGAUCGACACAGCUGGGAAAGCUUGAAGGAGUACUCCAAGAAGGUUACCGCUGAGUUCUGCAUUGGUUCCACCUUGCACCAUGGUAAUAUCAUCGAGACCCUCGACAUCAUCCAGGAAGGACAGCACUGGUACGAGGUGAUGGAGUAUGCUCCGUUCGACCUCUUUGCGAUCGUCAUGACAGGCAAGAUGAGCAAGGAGGAAAUUGCGUGUUCGUUCAAACAGAUCCUCAGCGGUGUUGCCUAUCUGCAUGGAAUGGGUCUAGCCCAUCGGGAUUUGAAGUUGGACAACGUGGUCGUCAACAAUCGCGGUAUCAUGAAGUUGAUUGAUUUCGGAAGUGCAGUUGUGUUCCGCUACCCCUUUGAGAACGACAUUGUUCCGGCCUCGGGCAUUGUGGGAUCGGAUCCUUACCUGGCCCCCGAGGUAUAUGAUGAGAAGAAGUACGAUCCGCGCCCCACGGAUGUUUGGUCGCUGGCGAUCAUCUUCUGUUGUAUGACUUUGCGUCGCUUCCCGUGGAAGCAGCCGCGCAGCACGGACAAUUCUUACCGAUUGUUCGUUUCCACUCCCACGCCUGGCACACCGGUUCCCGAGAUCGAUCCUCGACGCCGGCCCAAGUCUAGCCCCGACCUCCCAUCUACUGUCCAUGAAGACAAACCGCUCGAGCAGAAGCAGCUCCCUCCCACUUCAAAUGGACCAACUUCUCAGCCACCAGCCAAACUCUCUGUCCCUGCGGCGGAGCAGAAUGGUACCAAGUCGGACAAUUCGGAGAAGCCUGAGUCGCCAACGUCAAGCGAUAGCCCUAUCGAAGCCCAGAAGCAGACUAGCCAGACAAGCACCAAAAACAACAAACCCACGCGAACCACUAGCAAAGAGGCCCCGCCUCUGCCACCGGGUGCUCCGCAGCCAGCCCCCAAACAGGAGGUCAUCAAGGGCCCCUGGCGACUCCUCCGCAUUUUGCCGCGGGAAAGUCGUUUCAUCAUUGGUCGAAUGCUCAAGGUCGACCCGAAAGAGCGAGCGACAUUGGAUGAAGUCCUCGCCGAUGACUGGGUGCGCAGCAUCUUGACAUGUGAGCAAGAUGGCACCGGAGAAGUUACUCCUGCUCCAAACCACAAGCACGUUCUCGAGCCUCCUUCCCAGAGCCCCGCCGUUGCCAGUAAAGGUGCCAAGGCUAAAUAA